CCUCUUUCGCGGUUUUUCUCGCGAGACCUAAAACAUGGCGGACACCAUAAUGAAUUUUCAGAAGCAUAAAUUUUAGUGAUUUUUGCGUUUUCCCUGUAUAAUAUUCUCUUAACUUUUUCAUAUUUGCACACUGUAAUAUAGUCUUUAGCUUUUGCUUUCUGUAAUGGUUUAUAUAUGAGCAUCUGGGUGGUUGUCAAACGAAAUAUUUGAAUCGUUUUGAUGGAAAAAUAAGAAAAAAACAAUAUUUGUAAAUACUUGGUAGGUCAUUUAUAUAAACAAGGUGCGCCAUGUCAUACCAGGCUUUCGACAAAAUAUUUGCGAAAGUGAAGGGGUAUCCAGCUUGGCCAGCUAGAAUUGAUGAUGUUGCAGAAGGAGUGAAGGUUCCUAAAGGCAAAUUUCCAAUAUUCUUUUAUGGAACACACGAAACGUAUUUUCUUGGCUCAAAGGACAUCUUCCCAUACGAUAAGCACAAGGAGAGGUAUGGAAAGCCGCAGAAGAGGAAGGGCUUCAACGAGGGACUGUGGGAGAUCGAGCAUAAUCCAACAGUUAAAUAUGGACAGUCAUCAGUGGCAGCGGAAGAAGAAGCAGUAGAUUCAGAUGCACCUUUGGAACAGACUGAUGACAAAACACCGAAACAGCACUAUUCCGACGAUAAGUUGUUCUUAACUCCAGCAAUUCAGCUGGAAAAACUAGAAUAUUCGGCAAAUACCUUGAAGGCCAAGCCAGCAGUCAAGCGUAAAAAGAAGACCAGUCCAAGCGGGAAGCCAGCUGCUAAGAAGAGAAAAACAGAGAAAGUUGAAGGUGAUGUUGAAGAGGAGGUGGAGGAGGAGGAAGAUGAAGAGGAGGUGGAAUCACCUGAAGAUGAUACGGAUAAUGAUGAGGACUUUGAAUUAGAUGAAACUCCUAAAGCAAAGAAAAAGCCCAAAAAGAAGGCUAAGGCAGUUGAUGGCAAAGAUGAUGAUGAAGAAGAUACGCCUCUGAAGAAACUUGCCAAGCCAAAAAAACCUAGAAUAAGCUCUGCAAAGAAAGCUCCAAGAAAGUCCGGUACAGGGGUUAAGAAAAAGGCAUUGGCUGAUGAUGCUGAAGUGAGCGACAGUGUGAGCUCACUUAGCGACAGUGACUCUGAUGAUGAAGCGGACAUCAGCUUGUGGAAAAAGAAGGAAGAGGAAAGAAAACAGGUGCUACAGAAGAAAAUGGAGGAAGCUAAUGAAAGAAAACGCCAUGAGGAUCAGGAGCGCUUGAAGAUUGCGAAAGAGGAGGUGAAACGGGAACGGCGCGAGGCAGAGCAGCGUGAAGCUGACGAUCACGGCGAGGAUGAUGAGGAAAGUAGCUCACCGACUGACCACAGACCGAAACGGGAAAGAAAGAAGAAAAAGUUUUUUGAUGGCGAGGAAAUGGAAGUUUCGCCAACUAAAAAGACUCCGGACAAGGCAGCUGAAACUCAAGAAAAGAUGCCUAAAUCCUCCACAAAGCAGAAAGACCCGGAAAAGGCAGAAAAAUCAAAUAGAAAAGAAGAGAAAACAAAAAGUACUGACCAGUCUAUGAAAGAGGAUCAAAGUGAAAAUAGUGCAAAAGUAAAAAAUGAACCCAAAGAAAAAAGUGACAAAGUUAAAGAAAAAUUGACUGAUAAAUUUGAAAAGGAAAAGAUCUCAAAAAGUGACAAAUCAGAGAAAAAAGACUCUAAGUCAGAAAAAUCAGAUAAAAAAGAUUUUUCAAAGUCUGAAAAGUCAAAACAUAAAUCUGACUCGAAAACAGACAAAUCUGAGAAGAAAGAUGUCAAGAAAGAAAAAGAAGAGAAGAAGCCGGAAAAGCCGAAUGAAGAAGAGAAAUCCAUGGAAACUGACGAAAAGGUGAAUGUGACCGAAGAUGUGAAAGAAGGGCCAAAAGACACGGACGAGGAGAAGAGGAAGAUUGAGGAAGAAAUCAAGAGAAAGAAACAAGAAAAACUGGAGAAACAGAAGGAGAAAGAGAGAAGAAUCAAGGAGAAGGAGGAAGAGAAGGAGAGAUUGAAGAAGCUCAAGUUGGAGAAGAAGAAGGAAGAAAAAAAGAAGGAAAAGUUUAGCUUUGCCGUGACGGAAGCUAAGCUCAUCCAGAUGGAUGUGGAAAUUAAACGAUCUCUUCAGAAAGCAGGGCAUGCAGACGUUGACAAGUGUAUUGCCAUAAUGGAGGAUCUCGACUUGUUGCCUGUGAAUCAUCUUCUGCUGAAGAAAAAUCCUGACAUAAUGAACACUGUGAAAAAGAUAAGAAAGUACAAGGGCAGUGAGCAGAUAAAGAAGAAGGCUGAUUACCUUUAUAGCAAGUUCAAACAGAUCUUCCUGUAUGGGGACGGCUUCUCGGAAGACGCUAUUAAGGAGCUCAAACAAAAGCAGCAAGAAAUGUCUGAGAAAACGCCAAGUACAGAGAACAAGGAAAACAACGUUGCCUCUACGAAUAACUUGGAAUCAGCCAAUGACUCUAUAUUAAAUACUUCUGAGUUCACUGGAUUUAACACAAGUACUGUUAUUCCUGGAUUGGAUUUAAUAAAUGAAGAUGGAAACGUAAUAAGUGAGAGAAAUACUGACUCUUCUGUUGUUAAUGGUAUUUCCGGGGGUGAAGUAAACAAUGAAAAUUCAGGUAGUGCAGUAGCAAAUGGUGUGACAGAUUCUUCUGCGAAAUCAGGUGGUGAAUGUAUAAAUGGUGUUGACAACAUUGAUGGAAAUGAAAACACUAGUGAACAAAUGGAAACAACAACAACAGAUGGAACAAAAACAAUUACAACAGAUUCCGCAAAUUCCAACAAUAAAGACAAUGUGGAAAUGAAUGAGUUAGAACCAAGUAAUUUCACCCCAAAGCUAUCACUUGAGGACGAAUCCGAAAAUGACCAAGAACUAGAUGCAGAAAUGAGUGCUGAAGUGAAUGAAUCUGAAGAAAACAUGGAAGAAGGGACAGGAGAGCCGGAAGAUUUGGAUGACAGAUUGGCGAGUUUCACGAAGGCUUCUGAAAUGUUGCACACCAUUGCGAAGAUGGCACAAGCUGAUAGUGAGCUAGCGGAACAGGAUGAUUAUAAAAGUGAUUCGGAUCAGGAGGAGCGAGUUGAUCUGGAUGCCAGAAUUGCCGCUAUCAUCCAGGGUUCAGACCUAAAGGUAGCGUCAGACACAGAGGAGAAGACUACUGAAGAAGAAGAUAUGUACGACCCCGCUAAUCCGACUUCUGCUGAAGAUGAAGAAGCAGGGAUUGUUGAAGAAGAAGAGGAAGAACUAGUAGAGGAGGUGGAGGAGGUCAAAGUUGAAAUAGAAAAACCUGUGCGGAGGAAAAGAAAGAAGGGAGAAAAGAGAGGUUCUGAUGAUGAGCUUAUUGAUGAUGAUGAGUUGCAUAAUAUGUUAGGGGUGUGAUGAUUGGUUGAGAGGUAUGGGGUGUGUUGUAAGAACUGUUUUGAUUGGUUGGCUACUAAUUUGAUAUGUUAGAGGUUUAAUGAUUGGUUAAGAGAUUUGGGGAAAAAAAUGUAAAAAGAGUUUUGAUUUGUUGUUUAGUAAUCUGUUAAGACUGGCCAAAAUAUUUUGACAGGUAUUGUUCGAUUUGUGGUGAAAUAAUGUUUCAUGACGAUUACAUACAAAUGUUCAAUUAUUAGACAAGAUUUUAUAAGUGUAAUGAUUGUUUAGUGAGUUGCUUUUCCAUGAUGUAAAGCGUCCAGUGUUUGGUUUAGAUGUUUAAGAAUGUGUUGUAAGUGCUUAUUGAGAUAGAAAAUUUGAAAAGGAUUUUAUGGGUUGGUGAAAUAUGUUCUUAAAUUUGAUGGGUCUGAGGUAUGUUAUAAUCAUGUACAUACAUGUUUGUACAAAUAUGCGUUUGAGUGGAAUCUGUUCUGUAAAUGAUAGAAAUAGUGAUACAGUCGAUAAACUUUUACAGUGAAGUAUCCAUUUUAAAGGCAAACUAUAAAAGGCAUUAUUAUUAUUAUUGUCCUAAGUGUUCGAAACAUAUGUUUGAUAAUAUGACUUUUUUAAUGUCAUUCGUAUUUGGAUAUAUUCCGGAUUAAAGAUAGAAAACAUCAUAGGAUGUAAAUUAUCUUCAUGAUGUGCAUCAUAAACAUGUAUAUUUGAAAGAACCAGUUAUUUGAAUAUCAAGGACAUGUUUAAUGUUUCUUUGUUAAGGGUUUUAGCCAGGUAUUAAAAGGGGGCAGGGUGCAGAGGGACAAAAGGGCACAUUGUAUCGGGCAGUGAAUAAUUAAAGCAUUAUGAAUUUCAUAGAAAAUGUUAGAAAGAAUGCAUAUUUGAAGAAAUAUUAGGUUUCAACUACCAAAUAUGUUUGUUUGAAUUCAUAAUCAUAUUUUAAGUUUUAAUCAAAACGAAAGAAAUAUUUGAUUAGUUUAAGCAUUCAUUUCUUUGAAGGCAGGUGGGUGCACAUUCUGGUCUAUAUUAAGGCUGUGAAGGGAGCUUCGAAAAAAGGACAGGGAGCACCCUCCCCAUAACCCUCUCGCUAAAUCCCAAUUGUUUUCCAACAAUACAUUAACUCACAUAUCAGAAUGGAAUCAAGACAGCGGACCCUGAUGUAUGGUUUACUGCUUAGUUUGCCAAGAAUUGAAUAAACUAACAUUACAUUGCUCAAGUUUGCCAAUAAUUGAAUAAACUAACAUUACACUGCUCUAGUUUGCCAAUAAUUGAAUAAACUAACAUUACACUGCUCUAGUUUGCCAAUAAUUGAAGAAACUAACAUAAAACUGCUCUAGUUUGCCAAUAAUUGAAGAAACUAACAUUAAACUUCUUAGUUUGCCAAUAAUUGAAGAAACGAACUUUACACUGCUCUAGUUUGCCAAUAAUUGAAGAAACGAACAUUACACUGCUCUAGUUUGCCAAUAAUAGAAGAAACAAACAUUACACUGCUCUAGUUUGCCAAUAAUAGAAGAAACGAACAUUACACCGCUCUAGAUUGCCAAUAAUUGAAGAAACGAACAUUACACUGCUCUAGUUUGCCAAUAAUAGAAGAAAUGAACAUUACACUGCUCUAGUUUCCCAAUAAUUGAAGAAACGAACAUUACACUGCUCUAGUUUGCCAAUAAUUGAAGAAACGAACAUAACACUGCUCUAGUUUGUUGAUAUCUUUGUCAUGUGCAAGGAAAAAAAGCAGUUUAAGAUAAAUGACUCUUUUUCUGUUAGUGUUGAACUUCAUCUUUAUUUUGGUGUUCAUAACAUAGAAGUUUGAAUGCUGUUUCUGUAUUUUGAGCAUUGACAGAUUGAAGUAAAUGGACUUUGACACUUACAUUUAAGACAUGUUUUUUGUGUCAUUCAUUAUAUACAUUUACUUUGUUCUUUUUACAUUCUUGCGUAUAUACUUUUGUUUCAUCAUAUUAUAUGUAUACCGCUAUACUUGUACAUCUUAUUAUUGUGUUUUUAACUUCUUCUUUUUUUUGUUCUCAUGUCAACAUUUAUAUAUUGUUAAGUGUUUAUUGAAGACAGUUGUAUAGUGUUUCAUUGAAUUGUAAGAUACUACGAGAGUUUUUGUUUUUUCGCAUAAUGGACCGAUUAUUCAGAACUUUGUUAAAGUUAACAACAUUGUAAACGUCAUCGUUGUUAACUUUCAAAUCGGUAUUUCUUGUUAGGAGUCACAUGGAUACACUUAUACACCGCAGCGUUCCAAACAAGAUUUAAACAACAAUUUUUAGCUGUACUUGUUUUAAUUGCAUACAAGGGCACAUCAUAGAAUAUUUCAUCUUUAAAAGUUAACAACAAUGUCGUUUAUGGCGUUGUUAACUUUGACAAAGUUCUGAACAAUCGGCCCAAUUAGAGGUACUAACAUACAUGUAUAACCGCUUGAAUUUAAAUGAUUUGUUAACACAGUCCUUAGCAUUCAUCCACGAACAGUAAUUUUGAUGAUAAUAUUGACUUAAUACAAUUGACAAUUAUAUUUUGCCACCAAUUAUUAUUAUUUUUUGCCACCAAUUAUUAUUAUUUUUGCCACCAAUAUUAUUAUUUUUGUUAUUCUACAGUAUUAAUGUAGUAGGUUUUAACAAUAUGGACAAUUUUUCAAUAAUUAUAUACGCUCACUGGUUUCAUUAAUAUAAUGGUAUAGUAUUCAAUAUUGACCUCUAAUGUUCAAUGUUAUUGUUAAUUUUAUUGAUUGUGGAUGAACAGCUUUUUAACACAGAGCACAAUUUGUGAACACAGAGCACAAUUUGUGAACACAGAGCACAAUUUGCGAACACAGAGCAGUUUGUGAAACUUUCUGCAAGUGUUUCGGGAUCCGCUAGCUGUUAAUAUUUCCUAGAAGUGUUUUAAAAGGGACCCGAGUCACAGAUGUUGGCAACAUUUUUUUUUACUUUUUUUGAAAUUAAGUUAUUAUUUUGAUCAACUUUCAUGAACAAACAGCGAAUAGUAACGGGCAGAUAAUGUUUUGAAAGAUUAUUUUAUAAAUCCAAGUCUGAAAUUUCACUUCAAUUGCAUUACUAACGCUUUCUUGCAAAAUAGAGCAUUUUCUGUACCUUUUUUAGAGGAUUUUUAACACGAGCUCUUACAUUCACCAUUUUUUUUCUGAUAACUGACCCCCUAUCUAUUUAAACAAGUCCCUUAAAACACUGCAGUUGUUAUAGACACUGCUUCAAGUUCGACAUAAGGUUAAUAUUAUCAAAGUAAUCAUUAAGGCCACUAUAAUUUUACAAUUUGGUUGAUGUUUCUCGACCAAUAUUUGGUUUCCAGGACAGUAUUCAAUAUGAUUUUUAUCCUUAAAUAAGCCUCAGUGAUUCCAUUGAGUCUUUUCCAGUUAUUUUUAUCAGCCAUUUAAAACACUCAGUCUCUACUCUUAAACUUAAGUUACAUUUUAGUUGGUUUUUGAAUAUGGCCCCUGUGCACAAAAUGUUCAAGGUAAGGUAUUGUGAUCUACCUGUGUCACAGAAAAAAAAAAAGCAAUAUUUUCUAGGUUAGAUUUUUUAUUUUUUUAACACAGUAUAGUAAAUGCAUUUGAUGUGUGUCUUGUGUAAAAAUGUAUUAUUAUUUAGAUGAAUGUAAGAUAUUGUUAAAACUAUUUAAAAAAACAACACACACCCAUACUUUCAGUAUCUUAAUCGCACAUUUAGACUCCAAAAAUGUAAUAAAUGCCUGUCAUAAUCCAUAUAUUUUGAACAGAUUUCACUUGUUUGAAUACUUCUUUUUAUAAAAAUUGUGGACAUUAUCAUUGAAAUAUGUAUUUGUUCUUAUCAUCGAAACUCAGCUCUUGUACCAUCUGUAUGUGUCGGCAUGCAUGUACACUCAUUGUGUAUAUUUUAACAUGUGAAAAAUGAAAUAAAACUGUAAAAAAAAA